AUGACGCGAUCAAAGAGUCUGGCAGAGGCUGAGAAAAAGGCCCUUGAAGGAGAAAAUGAUUCUCAAGACAGCCAGUUCAUUCUGGACCAAUACAAGACUUUGUAUGGGAUCGGCGUGACAAGCAGCUCGCCCCCGAGGCCACUCUCAACAUCGUCAAAGCAGACUCAUCGAGGCAGCAAAAGGCGUCGCGAUCCGCCCUCAACUGUCCACUCUGAUCCUUCCAGCCACGCUGCCAGUCAGCUUAUUCCCCAGCCGAUACCAAGCACCGCGCCGUCAGCCACAGGCACCGGAAACGUGCAGGACUUUGUUCGCGACGGCCUAUCGGUCGCGUUACCAGCUGUUGCCGCUACGGAUACCACAGGCCAAGAUCAUCGCGACCCAGAUCCCCAGAUAACAUCUGCAUCCUCAGUGCCGAUUGAUCCCUCUGACGAAACAAAUUUUCUCGAGCCGCCGCUGGCACCGAACCUCGAUGGCGACGCGAUAGACCCUCUGCCCGCCUCCAUCCCCGCAUCAUGCUCCGUCGACGAAAUCUCUGGGCCUCUCGAGAAAGUCAAUGUCCCGCCUCGACCUUCGCGACCUUUGUCCCGCAAGAAGGUCACAAUGGACGUGUCGCAGCAAUCGCCUACUCAAGAUAAUGACGAUCGAGACUACGAAAACUACUAUGAUGGUCCUUCCUUCGUUCAGACGAGUCCCAUCUCUCAAGAUCCGGCGACCGAGCACAAUACCAUCCCUGUUGACGAUUCGGGCGUUGUUAACUUCGGCAACCUCAGCCACCUGAUUCAAGAUGACACUCAGGUUGACGAAGAGCCCUCCUCGAUUCCGGACGAUGCCGCUCCAGCAACUGGCAGAGGCCACUGGCGCAGGUCUAGCUCUCAGCAGCACUCUUCUCUACAACGUCAGGAUGGCGAGCCGCUCCUUCCACCCACAGCACCCCCGCCACAAACCCCAGCGCAGCCCCAGAAUCCCUUUGCCGGCAUGCAGAAACUUGGUGAUCCUGCAUUGGUAGGGUCUCAGCUGUUUGGGCAGACCCAGUUCUCGUCAGCUGUCAAGCGCUUCAGCCCAACAUCCUCAAGACCAUCGCCACACGUGUACGCCCAUAACUCUAUUUCACCCAAUAUUGUCGAGACGUCCCCGCUUAAGAACCGGUACAACGUCACUUCCCCUCUGGUCUCGUCUAGCCCACGGGCAAUGAGGGUCGAACCGACUAGUCGUGAUAACAGGGAUUGCAGCCCGAGCAAUAGCGGACCGCAGGAUGAUGGUACGGUGCCUGAGUCACCAGAGUUUGCCCCUGUCAAAGCAAGAGCAAGAGCAGAGCCUAUGGACAAAUACGAAAAUAUGGUUGAUUCACAAAAAAGAAAACUCACCAGUACUGAGAGCGAUGGUAUGUUAUCCGGGGAAGACUCCGACGACAUGGCCGUUGCCAUGAGGCGAAGGAGACUCGCGGCAUCGAAGCAGGAGGCCGCAGCGAAGCAGCUGACAAGCAUUGGCGUUGGACGGCGCAAUGCGCGUCGGUCGUUCGAUGCCCCUUCAGCAACAAGGAAGCCUAAGACUCCACCAAAGCGUUAUGAUACGCAAAGAAUCGAAGACGACUCAGCUGCAUCUGACAAUGAUGUCAACGAAUUCACCGUCGCGGAUUCUCAGGGCCAGACGGCGGCACAACAGCCCUACACAACACUAUCGCCCGAUCUUGCUGAGCCAGGUGGCAGGGCGAAACCGGGACUAGUAUCUAGCAACGAGGCGGUCCCUGACAGCACUGGCGCUACCCAGAAGUCUGUUCCUUUUACCGUCGUGCCAGACGCUGAGAGUUCGGGCAAUAGCUCACGGGCAAAGGACCUAAUUCCAGAAACUAGCCCUAAUAACACCCAGUCUCGUCCCGCAGCAAGGGCUAGAGCCUCUUCAGACGAGCCGUUGAUGUUACCUAGUUCUGAAGCCGUCAAAAAUACUACCCCUUCUCCGAGUGCCGCUGAUAAGAUGAAGGAAAUCCGCGUGGAAGAAUCUCCCAACCCGGAUGUUAUCAAAUCUGCUCUACCACAACCCUCACGCAGAUCCAGCCGCAAACCACGGCCAACCCUCAAGGCUCAGUCGUUGAACAACGCUGCCAGCGCUAAUACUUCCUCCAUGCCGACCCGAGCCGAGGAAGCAGGCACUACUAUCACGAAUGAAGUGCCAACUGAAACUCCCACCGCAAGGGGCCCGAUCUUGAUACAAUCGGCGCCAGUCCCUGCGGACUCUUCUGCUCCAGAAAAUGCUCCUGUUACGGAGGAGGAACCCCCACUUCCGUCUUCGCCUCCAAUACUGCAGCCUCGAGCCAAGAGCAGACAGACUUCGGUAAUCGUGGGCCAGGAGGUGGAAGAGAACAAGAACCCAUCAACACCAUAUGUUCCCGGCUCACCUACUGUCGAGCCCCCCGGCUCAACAUCAACGCUGAGCGUGCUUACGACCACACCCGUACCAUCAGACAAGAUGUCGCCAGCGACUCAAGAAUCGGUUGAACUUCCACCGCUUUCCCCCGGCAGCUCGACAAGAGGACGUCGGACCACAAAGACUUUGAGAACAGUCACAAAUGGGUCACGAGUGGCAAAACCUGGAACAAGAAGACAAGUCCGCAGGAACACACGUCUCGAUUCAGCAUCCACCGACGAGCUGACUCGAUCGCCAUCUGUCACCGGAUUCGAAAACAGUAUGAUCCAACCUCCAAGACAUACCGCGCGAGGAAGCCGACUCUCAAUGUUGUCGCAUACUUCCAGAGAUAGUACCGGUGCCAAAAUUUUCUCUGGCAUGGUUUUUGCGAUUUCUUUUCAGUCCAAAAAGGAAGGUGAAAAGACUGACCAAUACGAACACCGCCUGGGACAGAGUCGCGAUAUCGAACGAAUGAUAGUUCAGGCUGGCGGGCACCUUCUAGACAAUGGCUUCGAUGAGCUAUUCGAGCCAACAGCACUGAAGAGCAGGUCAACCAGUCCGGCGUCAGAUACUGCAGAGGAGAGCCCAUUGACAUUGACGCCUUGGGCACAGACCUUGGGCUUCACUGCCUUGAUCGCCGACGGUCAUUCUCGCAAAGUUAAAUAUAUGCAAGCACUUGCACUGGGGCUGCCUUGCAUCUCAGACCGAUGGGUAGCUACUUGUGUCGCCAAAGGAGCCGUGGUGGACUGGCUUCCUUAUUUGUUAUGUGCAGGGCAGUCCACCUUUCUCCGUGAUGCGAUCCGGUCUCGCUAUUUAGCACCCUAUCCCGCCACAGAGGCAAGGCUUGUUGAUGUUGUCGAGCGUAGACCAAAGAUGUUGGAGGGGAGCAAGAUUCUGCUUGUGAUGAAGAAGUCCCGGGCUGAGGACAAGAAGAUGCCGUACGUCUUCCUCGCACAUGUUUUGGGUGCUACACUCUCACGGGCCUAUAGUCUUGAGGAAGCCAGAGAUAUGCUGAAGAAUCGCGAACUUUUGAGCGAACCCUUUGAUUGGGUUUACGUUGAUGAGCACACUGGAAACGAAGAGAAACUGUUUAUUACCGCUACCUCAGAGCCAGUGCCAUCAAAGAAGAGAAAGAGGGUUGCGGCGUUCGUGCAAGAUGAUGCAGCGCCACCGCCAAAGAAGAUCAGAACUCUCAGCAACGAGCUGGUUAUACAGAGUCUGAUCCUGGGCCGGAUGAUUGAAGAGGGCGAACUGGAGGCAUGA